UUCUAUUUUUCUGUGAACUCCGCUAAUCAUUCUUCUUUUCAAAUUACUACAUUCGGAGGGAGAAAAAAGCCCUAAACUUUGGUCUGGAGAGGUCGAAAAUGGUGGAUGGGUCGAAUAACGUGGAUGUAGAGAAGCUGAUCUCCUUCAGUAAGGAUCUUGUUCAGUUUUUGAAAGAAGAUAAAGAUGUCAGCUUCUUGAAUCAGUGUAAAGAGCAAUUUAAUGCCCUUCAAUCACACUGCCAAUCUGAGUACCAGGCUCUUCAGAAUUCCAUUCAAGAUUAUCAAGGAAAGAUAAAUGCAUGUAAGCAGAGAACAACAGAAGCACAAUCUGAAGCUGCUGCAGAGGCUGAAAUAGAUAAGCUGCAGAAAGAGUUAGAACAGGAGAUCCAGAGAGAACAACUGCUUAGAGAAGAACUUAGAGUUAUAACCGAUGAGAUCAAUGAUUUAGAUCGCCAAAGAGACUCUAUUGAGGAGCACAGGAAAUUGCUCAAGAAAAUUGAGCAAGAUCAUCUUCGAGCUGAGAUGAAGCUAUCACUGUAUGCUUCUGUCACAAGUAUCAUCCCGGACUUGGAUGAUCAAUCCAAAAUAUCAGGCCAUAUUGUGGAGAGAGAUAAGAAGGUGGUUGAAAAUUUCGAGUUUGAUUCAUCAAAUCAAACUGCCUUUGACACUUGUAACAACAUCUGGAAGAUGAUUAAUUUGUAAGAAGCAGCAUUGCUCAGGCUUAGUUAUGACUUGCAUUGUUAAGAGUACCUUAUUGCCUUUGCUGAUCAGAUUUUUAAUCUAAUCAUACUAGAUAUCAUUGCCAUUUUGCAUUAUAGUGUGUUUCAUUUGAAGUAUAAUCUUGUAUUUUGUACAUGAUAUUUGUUGUUUCAGAAUCCAAAUCAUUUCUAAUGCUUUCACAAGUCUCAGUCUGUAAA